AUGUCACACACAGGUCGCAAGCGAACGUGCAGACCUAACGAAGAAUUCCUUAAUGCUUACUAUCCCCGGCACGACGCCUUCUGCAAGCCCUGGCUCGCGCUGCCCACCGAGGUGAACAAGUUGCACUGGUGCCUCUGCAAACAAGGUUAUGUGCGCAAUGCGUGGGGAGUGUGCAUAAACAUGACCGACUGUUUGAGCUGCAAGGACAAACCAUUCCAGGACUUCAAUCACUGUGGUUCAAAGUGUCCCCUGGCAUGCGGAAAACCAAUAGAGAAGAAGUGCCCGCACGGAUGCGUCACUGGAUGCUCAUGCGGUCCGGGUAGCGUUCUUCAUCCAUCGGAUAACAAAACCUGCGUUCCCGGCUACCUCUGCCCACCACAGUGCCCACGUUUCUCGAGUUUCCAGAUCUGCACGCCCGUCUGCGAAGCGACGUGCGACCAGCCCGAGCCGCGUGAAUGCCGCACAAGGUGCCACAACGGAAAGUGCGUCUGCCUGCCCCGUUUUGUCAAGGCGGUGCGGGAAGAAAAGGUGUACUGCGUGCCCCCAUUCGCAUGUCCGAACGAGGACGAAAUGGAAGAGCCCCCCUCGCGAGCCCCGUUUCCUUUUUAAAAUGAAAAAAAAAAUCUUUUUCAUCUCCGUUGAGCAGUCUUUUACGCAACACCAUGAAAUAUUUGGAGUAACAGUCUCCGUACCAUUCUUUCGCCUGCUCGACCAGAACACACUGGAGAUGUAUGUAUAUUCAUAGCUUAUAUAAUAAAGGGAACCCACACAUUUUACCAUUCUUUUGAGAGGAACACCUUGAUCUUGAAUAAAAUUCACAUUCCCUUUGUGUC